ACCUUGAUGCAAUCUUCCACUGGAGCAGCAGCUGGUAGAGCGGGUGGGGAAGGAGCAGCACGAGGAAGAGGAGGAGGAGGAGGAGGAGGAGGAGGAGGAGGAGGAGGAGGAGGAGGAGGAGGAGGAGGAGGAGGAGGAGGAGGAGGAGGAGGAGGAGGAGGAGGAGGAGGAGGAGGAGGAGGAGGAGGAGGAGGAGGAGGAGGAGGAGGAGGAGGAGGAGGAGGAGGAGGAGGAGGAAGAGCAGGAGGGGGAGGAGAGAGAGGAGGAGGUGCAAGAGGAGCAAGAACAGGGGAUGGGGUGGGAUGUGGGGAUGGUGGGGGGUGUGGGGAUAGUGGGGGGUGGAUGGAACGACGUCAGUAGGAGCAGCCGCACGAGUGGGUGAACG